CUUUUUUCUAAGGCUCUUGUAAUUGUUGAGCUUGCCCAGAUCCUUUCUUUGGAUAAACCAGCUUUGCAGGGAAUGAAGCUGUCACGGACGGCAGCUUCAUACAAGAUGAUCCAUGGUCUAGGAGGAGAUAAUAGAUAAGAGAUAAUUAGAGAUAAUUCUAAAUCUCCCCGCCUCCAGCCCACAGAGGGGUUUUGUUCCUCAUCACUGGCUGUCUGCAUACGAUGCCUGGGGGCAAGAGCCAGUAUCAAGGUGGUUCAGGAGGAACUCAACAGGAAAGGCAUGACUCCACAAGGAUGUGAGAGAGAAAAGAGGGUAUGUCAGAAGCUGUGGCAUGAGGACACGACAACAGUCCUACGACUCAGCAUCUACAUGGGUGAGAUGGCUAUUCUCAAGGAGUAUGUCAUGGUUUUCCAGGUGGAAAACAGCCCUGUCUGCUCUGGACCCUCUUCUGAGAAGCCACUCACAGGCAACCAUCCAGUUGAAGAGCCUGAGUGGUAUGCUGAGGCACCUCUUGCCAGCAGACCAGGACAUCCAGAGAGAACUUGUGCGGUUGAAUGUUGACCUGACUGUCCCCAGUUUCAAGGAGGGAGAGAGCAUUGUGGAGUGGUGGGGUCAUGUCUUUGACAAGCCAGAUAAGUACCCCUCCCUGAGUGCAAUGGUUAAAUGUUGUCUCUCCAUCUUUCACGGACCAAGAGUUGAGUCUUCUUUUAGUUUAAUGAAUGAUGUAAUUGACCAGAGGAGUGGCAACAUGAAUGUACCAACAUUUAAUGCAAUCCAGACGGUAAAGUACACCCUACAGUCCAGGGGGAAGACAGCCAUGCAGCUCUUCAAAAGGGACAAUGUGAGGUUUGGGGAGGUGGACAGAACACUAUUCAAGAACAUCAACUCUGCUGCAGCCACAUACAAACACCAGCAGAAGAUGAAUCAGAAAGAAAAGCAGCAGCAGCAGAGCAAGUAUGGCUCCUAAGCAUCUGGCAGUGCUCAGCAGGCCAAGAAACAGACUGCUGAAGAAGAGAAAAGGGCGAGGCUGAGACGUUGAAAAACUGCA